AUGAAGCUGCUGGCUGUUCUCUGUGCUGUCUCUUUUGCCGCCCUGGUGGCAUCAAGCCGCGUCCAAGAGACCAGCCAAGUUGAGGACCCAAAGCUGAAUUGUGUAAAAGACGCUCGGGGCCGGUAUCAGUGUUGUCCUGAGGGCAAGUCUUGGGCUGAGGAAUGGGGUUGUCUUUGUGUUUGCAUGGAUAAAGACGGUGGGGCUUUGAAUAGUGCACGUGCUCCAUUUCAUAACCAAAAAAACAAUAUACAUGCUAUCCUCCUCCUCGGCACCUGCGACUCCAAAUGGUCCGAACUCGCCUUCCUCCACGCCCAACUCCAAAAACACCAAAACCCACCCAUCACCACCCUUCUCAUGGACGUCGGCCGCACCCCGACGGACCAUCCUCUCAUUGACAUUCCCCACCCGGAUUCUACCAGCAACACUCCCAAUAUAAACAGCAAUAAUGAAGACACCAAAAAUAAUGAAGAAGAGAGAAUAUCCACCCUCCCCCGCGCAACCUACCUCCAAAAAAUGACCACCCACGCCAUCACCCAGACCACGCACCUCCUCACCACAAACACCAUCCACGCCGUCCUCUCCAUAGGCGGCUCCUGCGGCACCAGCCUCGCAACAGCCGUCAUGCAGCGCGCCUGUCCCAUAGGAUUUCCCAAGCUGAUGGUGUCGACCAUGGCGAGCGGGGACGUGCGGCCUUAUGUGGGCGAGUCGGAUAUCACGCUUAUGUAUAGUGUUGUUGAUAUUGCGGGCGCGAAUACGAUUUUGAAGCGCGUUUUGAGGAAUGCGGCUGCUGCGGGGGCGGGGAUGGCGGUUGCUUAUUUUGAUUCUUUAGCUCCUUCGGUGGGUGGGGUGGAAGGGGUGGGUUCUGGGGCUACUGGUGCUACUACUGGUACAGUUACUGCUGAGAAGGGAGGCGAAGGGGAAAGGGAAAGACGAGAAAAAGACAAGCCCAAACGCAUCGGCGUCUCCAUGUUCGGCGUGACGACGCCCUGCGUGGACGCCGCGCGGGCGCACCUAGAAGCCAAAUACGGCUUCGAAGUGUACGUGUUCCACGCGACGGGCGCAGGAGGGCGCGCGAUGGAGCGGCUUGUGCGCGAGGGGCUGCUAGACGGGGUGUUGGACCUGACGACGACGGAGGUGGUGGAUGAGGUGGUGGGCGGGGUGUUGAGUGCUGGGCCGGAGCGGUUGCUGGAGGCGGCGCGGGCGGGCAUCCCGCAGGUGGUGAGUGUGGGGGCGUGCGACAUGGUGAAUUUUGGGGCGGUGGGGACUGUACCCCUCGAGUUUGUGCGGGAGAAGAAGAGGGUGUUGCUGGAGCAUAAUGCUGCUGUGACGCUUAUGAGGACGACUGGGGAGGAGAGUGCGCGGGUGGGGGAGUUUAUUGGGAGGAGGUUGAAGGGGGAGGUGGUGAGGGCUGAGGUGGUGAAUGUUUUGUUGCCUGUUGGUGGGGUGAGUAUGCUUGAUGUGCCGGGGCAGCCGUUUUAUGAUCCUGCGGUGGAUGGGGUGCUGUUUGAGACGGUGGAGAGGGAGUUGGAGGGGAGUGGGAUCCGGGUGGUGAGGGAUGAGCGCCAGAUUAAUGACCCGGGGUUUGCGGUGCGGGCGGCGGAGAUGUUGGCUGAGUUGAUGGGGCUGUCUUAA